ACGGGGCUGGCGGACAGAAGGAGACAGCCCCGGCCGGCGGCGUUCGCUCCCUGGAAGGAGGAAAGGAAGGAAAACCAGCCCCUGCUGCUGCCCUGCCCCGCUGCUGGCUCUGCGGGCGAUGGAGCCGGCUCCUCUCGUCCUCCUCCUCGGCUUGCUGUGGGGCUGCAGCGGGCGACCCACUAACAAGCUGGUGGUGAUGCCGCAGCAGCCGGUGGUGCGGUACGGGGGCUCGACGCAGCUGAACUGCUCCCUGGACUGCGCGGGGGGCACAGUGCAGUGGAAGGGGCUGGACACCAACCUGGGGAGCAUCACCUCCUUCCCCACCCACAGCAUCCUGCACGUCAGCAGCGCCGUGGUCGCCAUGGAGGGCACCAAGGUCUGCCAGGGAACCUGCCACGGGCAGCACUACCAGCAAACUGCCUACUUGAAUGUCUACGCCCUCCCGGAUACGCUGCAGCUGGACGCAGACCCCCCCGCCCUGGAGCCAGGGCAGCCCACCAGCCUGCGCUGCUCGGCCCAGCAGGUCUACCCGUGCAGAGGGCUGGUGCUCACCUGGUACCGGGGGGACCAGGCACUGGAUGGGGUGGAUUUCAACAUCGUGGAGACCGAGGAGGAGCUGUCUGACAUCGUGUCCACGCUGCCAGUGGCUGGGAAGGAUGUGGUAGAAGGGGUGGAGUUCAGGUGCGAGGUGACGCUGAGCAUCGGGCAGGAGACCUUCACCCGGGUGGCAUCUGUGGCGGCGAGCGCUAGGGCUCUGACGGAGCAGCCGGUGGCCGUGGCCACCUCCACAGGGAGCCCCUGGACAGCGGUGGCUACAACAGAGAGCCCCAGGACAGCCAGGCCUGUGACCACCACAGCACUGCCCCCAGAGCCAAGUGUUCCCACACAUGAUCCCAGCACAGCCCUGACCACCACAGCGCAGGAGCCCAGCGCUGAGACCAUCCUAGAGCUGGCUGCUGCCACCGAACGCCCCUCCACAGAGCGCCCUGCUCCCCGGGACCUCGUCACAGGCAGUCCCAUGGCACAUCUGGCCACCACCAUGCUCCCCAGCUCCAGCACUGUGAGCCCCACAACUGAGGCUCAGGGGACAGCUGCAGACAGCUCUGCCCCGGCGGAGAAGGGGACAGGGCUGUCCGUGGGGACAGCACCCGCCUGCAGCCUGCAGAUUUGGUCGCUGCCUCCCAACGGGACGCGGGGCAGGGCCCUGCGCAUCGAGUGCCAUGCCCGGUGCACGGGGAACGCCACCGUCCGCUGGCUGCAGACCCCCGUGGCCCUCUCACAGUACCGGGAGGAGGCGGCGGGCAGCAGCUCCACGCUGCGGCUGGACCAUGCCGAGGCGCAGCACCAGGGCCACUAUCAGUGCAUCCUCCUCGGCCACCGCUCCCAGGUGGUCAGUCUGCAGCUGACAGUCUCGGACGAUACGGUCAGCACGGGCCCUGCCAUCGCUGCGGGGACGACGUUCUCACUGUUGGGGCUGAUCCUGACCGGCGUCAUGUCUCAUCGCCUGUGGAAACGAUUCAGAUCUCAGUACGAGCUGUCCUAGGAGCAGGAGCUGCCAACAGAUGCCCACAGCCCUCUGGACCCCGCUGCUGUCGCCCUUUCUGCUGCCGGCCUCGCCUGGCCCCAGGACGACGAGCAGCCGCUGGAGCCCAGCUGCCCCGAUGGCAACGGGGGCCGGUGGAGCUGGUGGGGCGUGGGACGCUGCUGUGACACCUGAGAGAAGAGCAGCCCCCGUCCCAGGACAAGCACUCCAGGACUCAGAGACCUGCAAGCUGACACUGCUUUUGAAAGCUUCAUCCAUGCCUGAGGCUGCUGCUGCCCGGGAUGCCGGGGGGUUUGUGAGGGGCCGCGCUGCCCUGGGGACCUCCAAGCACCGGGAACUGCUUGGCUCCUGGGUGCGAGUGCCGCGGGAGAGGGGAGCCUGGGGCUGCCCUCGGGACACCCUGAGAAGGGGAGGCUGGAAGGGAGAUGAGCAGAGACGUCCGCGGUGGCAGGGGGACAGGGACAGUCGCGGGGCCGGAUCAUG